AUGUUUCGCUGUGUUCGACGGCUCAGCUCAAGGCCCACAGCAACGCGCCAUCGGGCAUCGCAGGCCGCCAUGCGAACUGUCGGUUACAACGCGCCCGGGCCGAACGGGAAGUCGACGCACGCUGACGAGGGAAAGACACUGCCUGCUAGCAUUUGCCCGGCAUACAAGACGGACGACCUUGCGCAGCUUCUGCAGAAGUCGCUUCCCUCAACGGCCAACGUUCUGACGAUUGACGGCACCGCGGGAGACGCCAACAACAGCGCCGCUUCCAUUUUGCGAUUCGUCAUUACAUGUGGCGAUGACGUUUCUAAGCUGCAACUCAACUCCGAGCAUUCACAUCCGUUACUUGUUCUUGUUCAGACGUCACUGGAUAAGGACGAUGCUGACGCAAGUGAGUUCGUCCUGUCCACUGCCCUGCAGCAGCGGGAGCGCUUUAAAAAUGCCACUGCCAUCGUUAUGGACGCUGAGCAGUCGACUGUCGUCAAGCCGAUUUUAAAGAGUCUUUGGGAAAGCAAACUGGAGGCGAAGAAUGUAGAAAAGGCGAUGGAGGCGCCGGGGGAUGCCACCGUCAGCGCUGCCUCUGAGGUACCUGUAAAGGAACAACGGGAGGCUGCCGCAGGGGAUGGCAAUGAGGGGAAAACUGAGCGGCAGUCGCCGGAGGUAAAGGCACACCGAAGAGUCUACCUCCCAAGAAGACGUCAAUAG